CACUGCGUUCGAAAACAAACCCGAAGUUGCGAGUGACGCACUAGAAAUGCGUGGAAAGAGGCGAUUGAGUGGCGAGAGGCGGUUUCUGGCCAGGAAUUUUUGGGAUUCCUAGAGGGGCAGGAGGUUUGUUUUUUUUUGCAAAGGGGAGGAGUGGGGGGUCACAGUCCCUCCCUUUUUCUUUUUUGCAGGGAAGGAAAUCGUCUUCUCGGCGAUGGGGGAGGCGGCUGAUGCCUGGAGAGGUCAAACAGAUCAAAAGCAGGGCAAAUAAAAUUAUAGAAAAUCUUAUGUGGUGUCAGCAGAAAGAAGGAAGAAAAAGGACAUCGAGAAAUCCAAGGAUACAUUUGAGGCACAAAGGAAACCAGAGAGAGAGAGAGAGAGAGAGAGAGAAAGAGAAAUCCUUCCAUGUUGUUGAUAUCCACAAAAUCUUGAUCCCAGUGGAAUAUGACAAAGGGACAAUAAACAAGGGAAAGGGUACUGGGGUGGGGAGGGGGAAUAUUCUAAAAUAAACCAAAGUUAAAUAAAUAUUGCGGAGCCUAGAUCAGGAGAGAUGCAAGGAGUGCAACAAGAGCUUGCUAAGGGAGCACAUACUGAACAUCAAAUAGCCGACACAGGGAUGAAAUCAUAUAGAUGCUUGUGGACCUAUGCUCAUAGCAGAACCCGCACAGGAGAGAAGCCGCAUGAAUGCAUGCAGUGUGGAAAGAGCUUCAGUUUCAUGGGAAACCUUAGUACACAUGAAAGAACCCACACGGGAGACAAACCGUAUACAUGCACGGAGUGUGGAAAGAGCUUCAGUCAGAGUGGACACCUUAAUUUACAUCAAAGAACCCACACGGGAGAGAAGCCGUAUGAAUGCAUGCAGUGUGGAAAGAGCUUCAGUUACAUUGGAAACCUUAUUUCACAUGAAAGAACCCACACGGGAGAAAAACCCUACAUAUGCACAGUGUGCGGAAAGAGGUUCAGUCAGAGUGGACACCUUACUUUACAUCAGAGAACCCACACGGGGGAGAAACCAUACGAAUGCCGUGAAUGUGGAAAGAGGUUCAGUCAGAGUGGCCUCCUAACCUCACAUCAGAGAACCCACACAGGGGAGAAACCAUAUGAAUGCAAAGAGUGUGGAAAGAGAUUCAGUCAGAGUGGACACCUUCGUUUACAUCAGAGAACCCACACGGGGGAGAAACCAUACGAAUGCCACGAAUGUGGAAAGAGCUUCAGUCAAAAUGGACGCUUAACUUCACAUCAAAGAAUUCACACAGGAGAGAAACCAUAUCAAUGCAUGGAGUGUGGAAAGCGCUUCAGUCAAACUGGGCACCUUACUUCACAUCAGAGAAUCCAUAAACGGGAGAAGCCGCACAAAUGUCUGGAGUGUGGAAAGGGUUUCGUGGACAAUGGAGCACUCACUAAACAUCAGAGAAUCCACACAGAAGAGAAACCACACACGUGUUUGGAGUGUGGAAAGAGCUUCAGUCGAAAGGCAAACUUCAGUUCACAUGAAAAAACCCACACAGGGGAGAAACCAUACAAAUGUCUGGAGUGUGGAAAGAGUUUUAAUUCUCGUAGGAGUCUUACUUUACAUCAGAAAAACAACAUGGGAGAGAAACCCUGUGCAUGCACUGAGUGUGGAAAGAGCUUCAGCACAAGCUGCAAACUUACUUCACAUCAAAGAACCCAUACAGUGGAUCAGCCAUAUGAAAUAGCAUGGAAUUUGCAACAACUUGAAUUAGAAUGAAAUGUAUUGACCCACGAAUGGAAAGUUCCUCUCUCCUUAGAAUCAGAGAAUUGUAGUGUUGGACGGCUCCCCCAAAGGUCAUCCAGUCCAAUCACCUGUUAUAUAGCUCCAUGCACUUGCAGAUUCUUAGCUUCUUUUCUUUUAUGUCUUGCUCUUUCCUCUCCCCCACCUUUGUUUUCGUCUCAUUUUGUUUUAUUACAGAAAGUUACGGAAUAAGCAAUGCAUACUAACAUUUUUGCUAUAUGUAUUAUUGAAAAAUUGUAAUAAUAAACGGGUGGGGGAGCCCAGUUUUUUCCAUGAUCGGUUUGACCGUUAUGGAUUUCCCAUAUCCUUCCUCUUCUGCGGACGUUCUGUCACAGUGAGGCCCUUACUAUAUCUCAUAUAAGGAGAGAGACAGCAGAAUUGAUCACUCUGUGGUUAAAGCUUCUGUCCAGGCCUUAUUAAGCCUAUCGUCUCUUCCAGACAUCUUGCUUAUUCAGAUUAUACUGCAUUCAUCCGCAGUUGAAGCAUGGUGGUUAGUCUAAAUCUGGUGUCAUUGGUAAUUCAUUCUGCUUUGUUUACGGGGCAGUCGUAUCCUGAUCUGCGGAUAUGCCAUCAAUCAUUCAUACCUUUCCAAAUCACAAAAGGACCAUUUAAACACCCAUAAACACCUAUACCCACCAGUGGUUUGUUGUGCUGUUGUGGAUGUCCUGUGUUCUUCCACUUCCAUGAAGAAAAAGGAGCAGUCCUAGACCACAUAGCCAGAAUACCCCAUUUUCUCCAGCGUAAUUCAGUUCAGCAUUCAGAGAGCUGGUGAAGAACCCAGGAGCUCCCUUGACAGAAGUGCGAAGCAGUGCGUUCCAACCCCCUGGCCUUUCUUAACACAAGCCAAGCCUCAAAGCGUCUCUCUGUUGUCAACAAUAAAAUCUUUAUAACAAACCGCUCAGCAAAUUAAAGGACCGAUGUGCCAAUUAAUAUCUGUCUAGACUGAAAAGGAACUAUGUGACCUGGUAGAAAUCCAGAUCUACCAAGUGCCAACUAUUACUCUUAAGCACAUCAACUAUAAAAGUAAAGGAUGUUUCGAUGAAAACAGCUGUAUGUGUAGCCUUCAUAUUAGAACAAUUGCUUUAUUUUCAUGUGUACAGAUCUCCUACAAAUCGGAUAGCUUUCCUUUGGUCUAAAAGAGAUAGUUCCCUCUGGCAAUUGUGAAGAUGACCAAUCAUUUUGAAUGUGUGUUGUAAAAAUUUCCUCUUCAGAGGGGAGACGGGGUAUAGAUAUUGCCACCUUUUGGGGUACCAAACUCAGUCUUCUCUUUUUGAUAGAAUCAGGCCUGUGCCUAGGGAAUUAUUUGUUUUCUUUUGUGCUAAUUUGCUAGGUGGCAUUUUCUGUAUCAGUUUGAUAAACUUACAUUUUCCUCCUUUGUAAUCUUGAAUUGCGUUUGCUUAAGUAAAGAAACAUGCUAAAUAAAAUGACGAAACUGCAA